AUGACUUUCUUCAGAAAAGCAAUGUUAGUCGUGAUGAUGGCUGUUUUGGGAUCCACCAACGCUGCUGUGUAUCAAGUUGGUGAUUCAAACUUUCAAGUUGGUGAUACCGUUGUUUUCAAUUACAACCCACAAUUGCAUAACGUGAGGCAAGUGGACAUUAACGACUACAACUCAUGCACAGAUAAUAAUCCAAUUGCCAGCUACAACUCCGGCAGCGAUUCAGUAACCCUAGAAACUGCGGGCGAAUACUACUUCUUGAGUGGCGUUCCUCGUGAUUGUGCUGCUGGACUCAAAUUUCACCUCAACAUCGCAGCUGCAACAACUACUACCCCUACUACUCCAGUAACUCCUUCAACUCCAACAACUCCGACUACGAUGAAUACUCCUUAUCCAGAUCAUUUUCCUAGUUCUCCCAUAAACAAGCCAAAUGAAACUCUGAAACAUCACCCUUUUGCAAGUGUUGCUUAUUCAUCCAAGUGGUUUCCCAUGAGCAUGUUGUUGCCAUAUUUUCUUCUAGCCAUGGUAUAGACACUACAUUGCAGGGUCAUACAGUUUUGCCUCUAUAUUUUUCUAUUUU